UCGGAGCCUACGAGGCAACUGAUGUUCAGUGGUGAUGAGUCGCCGAACCGGCUGACUGCGUGAAGGAGGUUUUCAGCAUAUGUUCAACCCCUUCUUGCUGUAGUGGAGUGACCCGAGCUGAGUUGACACGGGUGGUUUUUGGUUUGGUCGUUGACCAGCAAUCUUAACCACAGUGUUUACUUCUCUUCAUUGUUCGUAGUGGUCAGUUCGAGAUAUCAGCUGUCUUCAACUUUCUCCACAGCACAGGUCUGAAGUCACACGAGAGACAGAGAGCUGGAGGCAGAAAUGUCCAGUCCACAAGUUGAGUUCGUCUCGAAGGGGACUUACCACGGCAAGCACGGGGUCCGGGUCAUGCAGCACCGCCGGCAGGGUGACAUCCACAGCAUUAAGGAGUUCACGGUGAAGACCAAACUGGGACUGGCCACCCGCAAGGAGUACACGAACAGCGAUAACUCGGACGUCAUUCCUACCGAUUCCCAGAAGAAUACAGUUUAUGCACUCGCCAAAUCCAAAGGGAUUACGACGCCAGAACAGUUCGCCCUUGACCUUUGUCAGCACUUCAAGGGAAAGUACGACCAAGUCCAGUGGGCUGAGGUUACCGUAGAGGAGGCCCCCUGGCGGCGUCUGAACCAGUCCGGCAAAGAGCAUGCGCAUGCCUUUAUUCAAACGCUUGAGGCCAAGAGGUACUGUGUGGUGCAGCAGGAGAGAAAAGGCCCCCCCGUAGUUUGGGGAGGGCUGAGUGAUCUGAAGAUCUUAAAGACAACGCAGUCGGGUUUUGCCGGCUACGUCCAUGACGAGUACACGAGCCUCCCAGAAACGGACGACCGCAUCGUGUGCUCCAGCGUGGACGGCAAAUGGCGUUACUCGGACAUCGAGGGCAUGGAUUUUGAUGAAACUUGGGAAAUGUGUAAAACCGCUAUUCUGGACGAGUUCGCAGGACCUCCAAACUCUGGGACAUUCUCCUUCUCUAUCCAAGAGAUUCUCUUCCAAUGCACCCAGAGGAUGAUGAACAAAGUAGCCGAGGUUGACCAGAUUGAGCUGGACAUGCCGAACAUCCACUAUGUCUUCGCUGACCUCGAGAAAAUUGGCCUGGAGAACGACGGAGAGAUCAUUAUGCCGACAUCUGACCCGCACGGGAUCAUCCGUGUCGCCGUUUCCCGCACGCACUCAUCACUGAAUUCUGUGUAGGGAGAACAUCUUCGAAAUGCGGAGGUCACAAACUCAGGGAGUAGUGUAACUUGUUAAAAAUACGAUUUACUUGAUAGUAACAACCCACUUGGGAAAAGCACAGGACUUGCUUGUUAUAAGGGGAGAAGGAGCUUUUAUGCGACAAAUUGUAGACGUCGUGAUUUUAAACAGAAUGUUCUGCGCGCCUCGGAGACCUCUAGCAUUGGACUCCGAGGCCGUAAAUAUUACAAGCACACUUUAUGUCUCGUAGCCGUUAUGUUGCGUCUGAAUAACAUACUUUUGCAACGACUGAGACAGACACCUGCAUUGGUCUGUUACGUACGGAAGCCCUGGAGUGCCGUCCAGUAUAUAUUUUCACAGAAUUAAGAACCUGUAUAUUAUUUCAAAGUUCGGAUUAUGAAGUAAAUUUUUCCACAUUCGUUUUUACGAGAUAUUCAUUCCCAAGUACGUUUGUUCGACACAUUCUUCAGUUAGUUGUAAUUAGAUCUAUAGUUGGAAACAUUGUUUCUAUUUUUGGAAACAAACCUUUUUACGAGAUAUAUAUUUUUAUAUUUUUAUUUUUUGGAUGAGAAAUAUUUUUGCCAAGUCAAUUUUUUAGGAAAUAUACAUUGUCAGGUUUGAUUUAUUUCUCACAGAAACAAGCUUCAAGAAUAUACAACUCAUAAAACCGAAUUUUAAAAAGCUCCUAAAAUUGAACUUGGAAAAAUAUCUCUCGUACAAACGAUUUGUUUCCAAAACAGAAACAACCUAUUUAGAGAUAUUACGGGAACGAAUUGGAUAAUAUGUAUCUCAAACAAACAAAACUGGAAAAAAUAUACAUGUACUUCAUAAAAACGAACUUGAAAAAAAAAUCACUUUUUGAAAACGUAUACUUGGCAGCACUCCAGGGCUUUCGUAAUUACGAAGCAGUGACCCUCCAUAUGCAACUGACAGACUCGUGUCAACUGACAAGACUCAACUUGUGUUCCAGAUAUUGCAGCUAACUCAGAAGUUGAAAACAAGCUCCUUCAAAGUCACGUACAAAAAGCCAUGAUAAUCUACUUGCUCGACAUAAUCACAAAACUUAAUUUGGUGGUGUCCUUGGGAUUAAGUCUUUUUACCAUUUCUGUUUCUAAAGUUGUGUCUCAGCUGAAGUAGUUACGUAUUUCUUUGUACUGUUAUGGAGCUUAUACAAUUUUAAUUGAUUAGUUCGUAUCAAAUCGGUUAUCUGUCAGAUCUUCUGAACACUGUAAUAAUAAUCAUAAUUUCUACAAGACAGAGUACCUA